CACAAUUAGCUUGCUUGUUUGGGCUCAAGAGGAAAAAAUUAAGACGCCAUGUAUUCACCAUUCUGUAAAAAGUUUGAGCGACAUCACUUUAUUGCUGGAUUUUUAGAUGGGGAUUUAUUUGGUGAUAAUAGAUACAAUGGAGGAUGUAGGAACAUGAAGACCAAGAAGCUAGGACAGUACCGUCUCAGUCCUAAUGAAGAGGCCCAACUCGUCAAGGAGGAGACGGAGAGACGCCGUAAACUACGACUCGUACAGGUCCGAGAACAAGCAAAACAAAAUGCUGCCAAAGUCCGCCAGGCUGUCAGACAUGAGAAAAACCGACAGGUUCACAAGCUUGCUGUUGAGCUGCAGAAUCAGUUGGAGAAAGAAAAGGAAGAGAAGGUGCGCCAACUGGAGGCCCAGUAUGAGAACUGUUUACACAGUAUAGGUCAAGGUCAACAGGAAGCUGGGGAACAGGUGGAUCAAACUGAGGAGCGCCACAUGGUGAGACAACUCGACAACAAGAGAGCAGAAUCCAGAGGAAAGGCGGCCAUGGAGAAGGCGAGGCGGGAUAAAAUCUAUCAGGAAUAUGAAGAAAACAAGAUCAUAGCAGCUAGGAAGUCUGCCCUGGAAAUAGAGAAAGAAAGGGCAUGCAAGGUAGCUGCCUUACCUACUCCACCGCCUGAUCCUGUCCUAAACCUGGGCGUCCCAAAGAAGUUGUCAGUGAAGAUGACAGAUGCCAACGCCUUCUCCACCACACACUACCAUUUACUGGAGGACUACGCUGUGGACAAGGCCGGUCCUAUUGAGCAGGAGGAUGCUAGACGGGCAGCAGAGGAGGAAGAGAUCAGGAUGAAGGAACAGGAUCAGGAUUUGGUGCGUCUACAUCACGAUCGUCUGGCUCGCGCCAGGGUACGCCACAACAAAGCACUGGAGGCAGAACUCCUUAGUCAUGACUACAACAACAUCCUGAUGGAUCUGAGUGACCUACAGAGAGCUGACCGUGAGCGGCGUCAGAAAGUGGUGGCUAAUAUCCCUAAACAAGUGUUUGAACCACCUUACUGUCGUAUGGAGGACAAGGAAGAUAAACAGAAAAACAUGGAGGAGGCAUUUGAGGACAUGUACAUGGCAGAAACUAAUUUUAUGGGAGACCUAAGUCUGGCCCUGGACCCCCAUCCUCCCCCAGAGACACCAUCAGCUAGCGAAUCCCUGGAGGUGUCUGCCCUGGAUGAGCCACCUCUACCUGAACCCACACUAGGGUCCAUGCCCUCUGUUCUCAAAGACAUGACCAACACCCCAAGGAUACCCAGUGAAAAAAUACCAGCCAAAAAACCUGAGAAAGUGCUACGGAAGUUGAUGGACAAAAUCAAGACUCAGCGUCAAGAGUGGGUGUCCAAGUCUGUAGGGGAUAUCCGUGAUGUCGGACAGGAUGGCCAACCCCCAAUCACCAAUGGCUACCAGGAAAACGGUACUGACAGAGCACCUACUUUGUCUGAGUAUUCCCUGUCAGACACAGAUGUGUCUCACACAGAACAUCCCAGGUCUGUGGUUCAGCCAGUCAUCCAUGGAAUGAGGCACAAGAGAGGCCCUGCCCCUUACACACGAAGCCCUGACUACAAUAAACAGAGACACGCCCCUUCCAUGGGGGGUCCCAGAGGCCCCGCCCCCAGUAAUAGGGCUCCUUUUCCUCAGUCACAAGAACCUACUGCUUUACUACAUCCCAUGGAAGUUGCUGCCAAACUCAGGCGUAUUGAUCCUUAUGGACAGGAUUCUGAGGAGGAAGUAAAGCCCCGUAAGCCAUUGGAGGAGAGGACGGUGGCAGAGAUAUUGGAACAGCAGCGAUCGCUCGAACAACAAAAGCGAGAACUUGAGGCGAAAUUAGAAGCCCUAGAUUCCUACCAUAAGUCUAUUCUGGAGCCUGAUGCCUCUAAGUCUGCUGCACCAGUGAUGCCCGACUUCCUCUUGAACGGUCAUGGUCCCCCCUCUUCCUCAUCAUCUGUGAACUUUUCAUCAGCUGGCCUUGUUGCUCAUCUUGCCAAUGACAAACCUAUGUCUGGAUUUUACGGAAUUUCGGAACUUCCCACUCGUGUCACUAAAGAGCCUGCCUCUGUGAACGAUUUAGAGAGACCAACAAUUGUGUCUACAUCAAAAGGUCAGAAUGAUCAGUUGAAGGGUCAUUUAGGUGUAGCAGCUGACCUUCACCCUUCAAAAGGUCGAAAUGGACUCAAGUCGGACCUUCACCCUCCACUUCCUAUUGGUGCAUAUCUUUCGCCUGCUGCCAGACAACAGCAGACAAACAUACUGAACUCAUCACUGCCCCCCGCCCCUCACACUCUGUCAGGUGCUAUGUUACCAGGGGAGGGGAAAGCCGAUAGCCAUUCAGACCAAAUGAAAAAGAUUAGGGAGUAUCAAAUGAAUUUGUUAAAGAGGCACGAACACAGUAAAAAAAUUCUCUCUGACACGAGAGCUGAGAUAGAACAAAGACGGCAGGAGCUGCUGGAGAGAUUCCCUCAGUUAGAACUGAAAACCUCCGAGAGUGACCGAUCCGGGAGUCAAGUGAACAGUGAUCCUAGUGUGUCUAAUAUUAUGUCAGUUCUGUCUGGGUCGGGAUCUCAACACAUGACCAGCCGCCCUGAACCUGCGGGUAGUAAAUCUCCGUCUAAAUCUGCCGUCUCUGACUUAUUGUCAAAGCUGGCCUCUCAUCCUUACUAUGCAUCGAGACUGUCUCAUGAAAACGGGAAAUUUUUGGCCAGUAGUUUUCUAGGAAGAGACACACAACCAGAGAAAGGUGGGGCUAUCCCAGGUUCAGAAGCAGUUAAGGGAACAAAGAUGGACAGAGUAAGAAAGUCGCUGUCGUUUAAUGAUUCUCUGCAGGAAUCACCGUUGACAGCCAUGCAGCAGUUUCGAGACAGUGACAUCGGUCGUAGUGAUCUUGAUGACACAGUUUUAUCAUCCUCCUCAACAGAACGAGGAAGUCCAGCCCUCCCGGGUCGAAGGUCAGGGUCUGAAUCUGAUUCUGACCUUCUGACAAUGGCUAGAGGCCGCAACCAAGAGUUCGAGAAAAGGCAGGCCGAUUUAAGGAAACAGUUGGACGAUAUUCAAAAACAAAAAGAGGAAAUUCUACAACGGCAUCAAACUGGACAAAUUCAGUUGAUGGCUGAACAGGAACGCUUGCGGAGCAAAUUGUCUCGUGCGCAACGACAGAUUAAUCAGGAGAGUGAUACAUCACUCAAUGUUUCUGGGAGAGAUACAUCUCUGACCGGUGAUACUACGGGGUUAGAAACAUCCGACUUAAGUUCAGAUAACUCGCCCCCUGGGAAGUAUCCCUCGCCUCCAGAGAAACUCACCUCGGGACAGCCCCCUAGUCGUGGAGUUGUUCAGCUUGCAGCACAUCGGCCACAUGAACUCAGCACGAUACAUGAGGUGGACACACCAGCCAGUACAAGGUAUUCAGAAGCUCGCCUUUCUUCUGGACGCCCAAGUCUCACUUCUAGUGAGGCAUCAUCCACCGUAAAACGUUCAAUAGACUUUGACAGACACACGAUACCAGAGGAAGGGGAGCAAGCUCCAAGUCCAACAGAUCGACGAAUAGCUGACAAUCAGGGCUACUACACUCCUCAGAUAGAUGAAGUGAUGGCCAGAGCCCGAGAAUUGGACAGCGGAAUACUGGACAAGCUAAAACAACAGACCAAUGAUGUGUUUGCUACACUGGACUCCACAGAGGGGCGGAGACAAGGCGCUCACAGCCCCGCCCCAGGGGGCAGCUUUCACACCCUUUCUGUUGGCACUCUGUCACCAUCCUCACUGUCUACAGGUCCGAUAGAUGACAGCAUUGCCUCUAUGCAUUCCCAGGCUGCCUCUGACAACUACGCAUUCCGAUAUGUGGGCCAGCCUGGUGGGAAAUCUGAAAGUGCCAACGGGUCAUUCCAAAGUAGCAAAUCGUGGGCUGAUGAGUUAUCUGGAUACAAGGAGAAGUUCAAACCGUUACAACCGGACAGAACAUCCUCCGGCUCUAACCAAGAUUUUAAAAUGUUACGACCUUCAUCUUCGGAUGAGAAGGGAAAUUCAUCAGAUCUCAGUCAGCAUACAUUGUCAGAUUAUGAUAAGUCCCAGGAGGACAGUAAGUCUGGGUACCUGGACCUCCCUGAUCCUAAACCUAAGGUUGACAGGAGUUACAAAGCCAUGCAUUUCUCAGUGGAACCCACACAUACCUACCAAAAACCAUUCUCAUCCGUGUCACUGGACACGUUCACCGAGAAACCUUCCUCCUCAUCUGGUGAUGGAAGCAAGACUCGUUCAUCCAUAGAGAGGCUAGCAGAGGAACUUUCUCAUCAAGGUCCUGCCAGUGACCGUUCAGGAUCAACAAGGUCAUCUGCAGGAUCAAGUGAAGGUCAUGUUGAUAUACCCGGUGUGAGAGGGUCACCUGUCGGCCAUAAUGACCCAUCUGAUACUCCGGUAUCCAUGGAUACGACAGGUAGAACUCGUGAGAGUGUCGGGUCCAGUGUAAGUGAAGGAAUUGUGUCCUCUUCAAGUUCCUACCUAGAUAUGGAACUGCAUGGUCGUAACUCGCGAGAUUUCGGGCCAUUCCGUCGGGACCGCGAUAGUUUAUUGCUACAGUUAAGAGAGGAGCUUAGGGAGGAGAACCGUCGAGGCCCUCAAAUUCUCUCAGACAAUGAAUCCGUCAAAUCUGGUCCAUACAUUAUAUUCUAUACUCCUUACACUGCCAUGGGGAGACCAGAGACAUUAGCUGGGGAAAUGUCGCGGCAUUCCAUCACAUCUGAUUCCAGCAGGGGACAAGAGACGCCACGCAGUCAAGGAUGGGGGAGUUUGUCUUCAUCUUCUGUAGUCGGAAGACCAUCGAUAAGUUCUUCAGAGUCCAGUCAAGCAACAGAGGUGCCAUCUUCUGUCAGUUUAGGGCCUCCCCCAGGGGUCAGUCAGUACAGUCUGAUGUCAGACACCCAGGGGAUCACCCUUAUUGAUAAGGAACAGUCCCCAAGCCAGUAUAGUCUGGACAUUACAGGAAAAUCAACUCGGAAUGAAUCUUCAUUGACACAGGUGUCUCUAGAUACCAGUGAUUCUGAUUUCUCCCAGAGAGGUGGGAAGAGUGCACGAGACUUAAGCCAGUUCUCCAUGGGUGCAGAAGAGGAUCUAUCGCUAAGUCAGUACAGCUUGGACAAAACUAGUCCAUCUGGACAUCGAGCUGAGUCUAUGCAAGAACCAAGUCAGUAUAAUUUGGACAGGACGAGUCCAUCAAGUCAUGGGGCAGACUCCACACAGGGUCUUAGUCAGUAUAGCUUGGACAAGACAAGUCCAUCUGGACACGGGGCAGAUUCCACUCAAGGACUGAGUCAGUAUAGUUUGGACACCGAGUCUGAGCCAGACUCCGAAGACGGCUAUGUGGAAAAGAAAUUUGCAAAUCUGGACGUGUUGAUACAAGAAUCUAGAGACAUCAUAGCAAAACAUAAACAGCUUAUAAACAAAAAUCCCAACCAGUCAAAUAAUUCUGGAACCACGGAGCAUUCAGAGUUAGCUGGACAGCUGGCGAGGUCACAUGACCGACUCACCGUUCACCAGGAUCAUGCGUCUGACGUAGCGUCAACAGAGGACUCCUACAAGCUAUCCACAACAACAGCUGGGUCAAGCUUUGAUGUGACCCCGCUAAGGUAUACUGAGGACUCCGGUACCAUGGUUACCAGUAGCCUGCCCUCUGCUGGAGAUGCCACUAGUCUAGAUCAGCUUGGCUACGAGUCGGGUAUAUCUGAAGAGCCUAACUUGACACUGAUCUCACUCAGUUCAAACAACAGUAUGGUACAGGAAGACAUCGGUCAGACACCCCGGAAAUCUGGGGUCAGAAGCAACGGCACUGCCAGCAGCGAUUCCACACUGUCGUUUGAACAACACGAAGCUAGCAUGACUGAUCCUGAUGUGUCGAACUCACAUUCCAAGUCUACGCAAGACACUUUCCAUGAUAUUGCAGAUUUCACUACAUCCAAGUCGUACGAUAGUCCAAGCACUGCCCGAACAUUGUCUCCACCUCGCUAUGCCCCGCCACCCCCACCCAUUGAAGAGGGUGAUGACACAGGAAGUGACUCGGGGUCAGAAACGCUGUUCCACGCCGUACCUGUGAUGGUCAGUCCGACUAUGUCUUUAUCUAUGAAGUUCAGCAGCCAACAGGAGCCUAGUAAACCACCAGUGUCCUGGUCAAAACUACUGGACGAUGAAGGAGAUAAACAAACUACAGCUGACCAGAAACCAGCUCAACCAGUCAUUUUACGUUCUUUAGAUUCUGGUUCUUCCAGGAACUCAUCCGAAUCUCAAGUAGCUAGGUCUCUGGAUUCUUCUUCUACUAGGACAUCUACAGAACAGACUUUGUCAUCAAGGCCGUCUGCUGACUCAUCAGAUUCUGCCAAAGAUACAAGGUUAGGCAACAAAGUCGGUGAAAGACGUAAAAUGUUUGAGGUUGCUGAGGAACCCCAAAAAGGGAAAAAGAAACCGGCACCCAAAGUUCCUGGAACAUACCUAAACAAGGCCUUACAAACAAAGAAAGAUGGCGGUAAAAAGGGCUGUGAAAGAAGUCCCCAAAUCUCCGUCAGCUAGGGAGUUAAAGCGGGUGCUGUGGUCAGUCUUGCAGACUUUCUGACCUCUCACAAAGGGGACCUGUUAAGUUCAUUGAAGAAAACACAACCAGCUGAAUCAAAGCGUCCAGGAUCAGCACCAAGUGCAGGUCAAAAGUCAAAGGACACUGAGGAAAGUGGGGUGACACGAUCAGUGGGCCCAACAGGAUUGUCCAAAACUCUCUCCUCGUGGAAAAAAAGCCGAAGUGUCAAGUCAGCAGCUCCGCCCCCUCAGCCAGUUCAGUCCAAGGAAGCACCUUCCAGCUCGACAAAAGUUGUCUCUAAAGAAACUCCUAUGACGGAAGAGGAGAAAAAACGUGCUGCUGACAAAAUUGUGUACGAGCGCCAUAUGAGGGCGUACAACCCUCGAUUGUUUAGGUUAGCCAACAGGCUUGACGACGACGAACCACCAAAAUCAGAGGACAGAGAACAGCAACGACAGGCCAUCGCCACUGCCAACCGCAACAAGGUCAAGGAGUUUCAGAAGUUGAUGCUGAUAAAGCUGAAUGAGAACAUGAAGAAGAAGGAGCAAUUACGGAAGCAGAAGAAGGAUGGCAAGUGAGAGACGACAUCAGCAUCAUCAGACGACAGAGCGCAUUAAAAUUGUACUGUCGUAUGACGAGGCAUUACAAACACAGUAUCACACGAAAGGGCUGUCUUAGUGUCACCUGACAGGGUUAUCAAAGUGCCACAUGACAGGGGUGACAGAUAGCUAAAAAUGUAUUGAACCAAAAUAAUUAAGUAAUGCCAUGUCAGUGCCCCAUUGUAACUACACAAGGAUCUGUGGGAUAGAUUUUCUCUGAAAGUCUGUUACCUAAUUUACUAAAUUUUGUUACGUGUUAGGGUAACACCUUGGAUGUUGGUGUGUCACAUACAUAAAUUAGUUAUUGACCAACUAUACAAAGAGUUAUGGCCCUUUGUUAUAUCCAAAAUAAGGUAUUAUAGACAUUUGUUAAAUAUAAAGAGUUAUAAUUGCCCUUUACUGAAGGUGAUGUCACUUUGUCAGAGUAGCACUAAAAAUGGUAGUGUGACAUACAAAAAUUAGAUACUUGGAUCCAAUCAAUACAGAGUUAUGUCCCUUCUUUAAGAUUUGUUCGUCAAUAGUAAGCGGCUUGAGUAUGGGCCUAGAGAUUGCUGGUAGCAUUCUUCCUGUGUUUGAUCACAAAAUGUCCUACAAUGAAAACCACACUACAUUGACAGUAUUUAUCUUAGACAAGUUAGCUUAAAAACGAUCCAGAUAGUGUUGUAUUUUCUGGAGAAAUUGAAAAUUAAAAUGUAAAUUAAUUCAAAUGUACUUGAGAUAUUGAAUGAAGGGUAAACCAUGUUUACUUACAGUGUAGCAUUAUUUAGGUUCAUUAUAUGGUAUUUAGUGCAUAAUUUGUACUAGAAAGUUAGAUGUUUGUCUAAUUGUGCCAGGAGAAUAUCCUAACUCUUGUAACAUAAGGGAAGCAUUCUUUCCUUAUUUAUUGCUCUCAGAAUAGAAUUGUACAGUUAUAUACUUAAUUUAUUAACUUUUCUAUUUAGUGGAUACUUUAACUAGGCAAGUAGUUUUUGAACAGGAGAUGUAGAUUUUGUUAAAUUGUCUUGAUUUGCAAUUGAAACUUGUCAACAAUUUAGGACUUCAUAUGGUUUGCAUCAAGUACUAGUACAUUUGUAUUUGCUAUAUAAUAGAUACCAAUUGUCAUUUGUUAGAGAGGAAGUGUGUUUCAAAAAUUAUGAUAUUAAGUGAAAAUUGAGAUAGAACAAUAGGAUGGUAUACCAUGGUAAUAAGUGUGAUAUACUGUACAGUAUCUUUAACCAUGUUGAGAGAUAUCAUUAUUAUCCGAGAUAUCCUGUGUAGUUGUACACGAAUACUUACGUGACAUUUGUCCUGCCGUUUCAGUACUUUUGACUGUGUGUUGUAAUGAAAUAGAAAUCCUAUAAAGUGCUUGUAACUUUUGAGAGUUUGAUUUUCUGUAUAUUUUUUGCCAGGAAAAAUUUAGAGAUUUCAUUGUACAGAUUUGUGAUAUCCAGUAACUUUGAAAUGAGCGAGGAUUUCACCGUAUUUUAACCCUUAAAUUUGACUCUAGAUAUUGUUAUAGAAUAAUACGGAAUGAAAGCACAAUACAAUUAAUCUGUUCAUGUACAGACUACAGUACUGUAGUUGAUCAGUGUGCUCCAAGUGCAUACUUUGGGAUAUAUCUUAAAGUAUUAAUUUGUAGAUAUAUAAUAUGUACACUUGUUUAAGCAUCUUUCCUCAUAAACUGAUGUAUAUUUGUAACUAUGAAAUGAAUUUCGAAGUGAAACAGAGUUUGUGCACUAAUUUGAUAUUGCACUUGUAACUUCACUGUGGCCUUGAGCUCCAAAACAUAUCAGAUAAACUGUAAACAUGCUGUGAUAGAUACUUGAAAAAAUACUGAAACUUUGUGUUAUCAUCUGUUGCUUGUCAAAUAAUUUUAUGAUUAACAAUUUGCCUCAAACCAUGCUUCACAAAUCAUAACUCCAAUAUCUAUAUAUAUUUUAUGUGAAAUAAAUUACAAUUCAAGAG